GAUUAUACGAUCAAUACAACAUGUACACAACACGUAUAUGUGUGUAUUGUACGAUAAGUGAUAUGUUCUGAAAUGUCAGAUAACGUUCAAAUAUUGGUUGUAGGCGAUGGCGGUGUUGGAAAAACAUCACUUCUCAUUACAUAUGUUACCGACUCCUUUCCUCACCCGUAUAUUCCAUCUUUAGCAGAUUUUUACGACCCGGUCAUUAGAAAAGUGGAAGGACAGAAUAUUAGGUUAACAUUAAUGGACACAGGCGGUGGUGAAGAUUACGAUCGACUCCGACCUUUAAGCUACUAUGGAAGAGAUAUCAUAUUGCUGUGUUUUGACAUUAGAAAUGAGUCAACACUUCUUCGUGUGAAAGAAAAAUAUAUACCUGAUCUUGAUUACCAUGUACCUACCAUUCCUCGAAUACUUGUAGGCUGUAAAUCAGAUCUUCGGAUAACAGAACCGAAUUCGUGUGUUGAUAAAGAUCAAACAGAAAGGUCUGCAAAUGCAUUGGGACUGCAUUAUUUUGAAACUAGUUCAAUAAAGGGACAUGGGCUGCAAACGUGCUUUGACAAAGCUAUGCGUUUAGGUCUAGACUACAGUAGAUUGCCCAAGAAGAAAAAACAAGAAUUUUACAAAAGACCCCCUAAGAAGAUGAUUGCUCCUGUAAAACCCAUUAAAGAAAAACCACCAACAAGCUCUGUGGAAGAAUCUACUUUUGCUGAGGACUGGCUACAAAUGUUGAACAAUCCUAAAUAUCCAGAUGUUAUUUUUCUGAUUGAAGGGGGACAACAAGAAUGUAAAGCUCAUAGUAUAGUUCUUUCCUCGGCGUCAGAAUUAUUUUGUAGGAUAAUCAGAGAUCAGAAAUAUUCUGGUUUGGUGGGAACAUCGGAAGAUACGAGUUCUGAUAAAGUAGAAGGCAUAGAUACAAUAUGCUGCUCAAAGAACAAUGAUGGUAGAAAUAUAAUUACAAUUGAGAUCAAUCAUACGUUUGAAGUUGUUACAUUUAGACAAUUGCUAAAAUUUUUGUAUACAGGUCACCUCGGUAUCAUCUUUAUUUUAGGUCACCCCGGUACCAUUCUAGAGACAAACAAAAUAGAACAAUUGACAGAAUUACGAAGAGCAGCGAACACAUUUAAACUACCAUACCUAAAUGAUAUAUGUUACAAUAUUGAAAAUAGUGAAGAGUGUUUGAAUCAAAGUAUUGGUACAUACUUGAACAUGGAAACUGGUAAAAAAAUGAAGGAAUUCUAUUUUAAUCAAACAACUGACUGUGAUGUUAAAUUUGAAGUAGAAGGUGAACAUAUUACUGCCAGUGCAGUAGUAUUGUAUAGCAGAUGUCCAGUAUUUGCUGAUAUGCUAUCGAUUGAACCUGAAAGUGAAAAAAUCGAAUCUUCAGAGAUACAGCUGCCUAACACCCAACAAGAUAGUUUUCUUGCUCUCUUAGAAUUCCUUUAUACUGACCACGCUCCGAUCCAUGAUGCCAACUGUACUGAACUGCUGCUUACUGCAGAUAAAUAUGGAAUAUUAAAACUGGUCAACUAUUGUGAAAUUUAUAUCAUUAAUAUGUUAGAUAAACUGACCAAAUCUUCUAGUGAGAAUGGGAAUGCUGUACAGGAUGUUAUUGACGCUCUUUUGACAGCUCAGGUUUACAAUGCAGAACAGUUGACAAGAUGGUGCUUACACACUAUUUCAACAAAUUAUGAUAAAUUUAAUAACACGGAACAGUUUUCUCAACUCAGUGACAAAACCAAGAAACACAUUGAAACACAUCGCUGGCCACCAUUGUCUUAUUUACAAGAAAUGGAGAAAUUUGAACGUCGGAGGACACGAAGAAAAUGCUCAAUUUUAUAAAUGAUGUGCAAUAUAAAUUGUCAAAUCUAUUUAUGGCGCUAUAAUUCUGAUCAAAAUAAUAAGUAAAUCUAUGUAUGACUUUAUGUAUGCCUUAUUAUUUAUAUUUUCAUUUACUAUCUCAUAAAAGCCCAAAUAUCUCUUAUUAAAAUUAACGUAAUUUGA